GGUGGAUCCCUUCCUAGGAAGCAUCAGACUGUUCAGGUCCAUCGGACGUUGUGCCGCAGUGCCACUUCUUUGUUUACACGAUGCGUCGAUACCACACCAACAUUCACAGUACGUGCACAGUGAAAAGCCGAACAAUGUGCCUGCGCCCCACCAACUAUAUACUUAUGAGCUCCAUCGUACCUAUAACCCUUCAAAACAACUCCACAACAACUACAAGUCAUCACACAUGCGGCUGAACUUCACAGAUAACAUGUCCCAGGUGGGCAAUAUCGAGGUCGAUGCGGUAUCGAAGGUCAUAGCACUAGACUCUGGCCUCAUUGCAGGACCAAACCAGUACGAUACACUCAAGGAUGGAACCCUGACUGCCGCCUUCUCUCAGUCAUCCCUCGAAGCAGUUGAGAAGCAACUUGCAAUUAUCGUGCCUUGCAUGAACGAGGAACACUCUAUUCUCGAGGGCGUACUGCAUGGCAUCCCACACCAUUGCCUGAUCAUUCUGGUCUCCAACAGCAGCGCUGAGAACUUCAAAGCGGAAUGCGCAAUGCUCAAUGAUUUCUGCACUGAUACCUACCGUCAAGGCAUUGCAGUCCACCAGCAAGACUCAGGUCUAGCUAGUGCCUUUGCCAAAGCUGGUAUGCCGCACAUCACUACCGCCAAAGCUGACACAGACUUGCAGAAUAGCACUGGCAUUCGCAUUCGCAACGGCAAGGGCGAAGCCAUGAUGAUUGGCACUGCGUUAGCAAAGCUUGCAAAGAAGUCGUUCGUGGGCUUCAUCGACGCCGACAACUUCGUACCUGGAGCCGUGCACGAAUACUGCAAGGUAUUUGCAGCAGGCCUAUCUCAUGCGUUGCAACACACUUCUUCAGCAUCCGUGCCCAAGCAAGAGCUGCUGGCCAUGGUACGUCUGAAGUGGAAGUCCAAGCCCAAGAUCGUCGACGGUAAGCUCGUUGCCCAGGAAUCUGGACGCUGCUCGCGUGUCGUGAAUUCCUGGAUGAACCACCUGCUUGCCUCUAUCACUGGCGAUCACGACAACAUCGAUCUAAUCAAGACCGCUAACGCAGGUGAACAUGCUAUGUCGAUCGAGCUUGCACUGCAGCUCCAGUUCGCAAAUGGCUACGCGGUCGAGCCGUUCCAAUUGGUCGAUGCUUGGGAACGCUCUGGUGUUCUGCCACCAACCCCGCCGGGCUCUCCUCCUCCAUUCAGCGAUGCGGACUGGAAGCGUGACGAGUUCACGCUGUUGGAAAAGAAGGUUAGGAUUCUCCAAAUCGAGACACUGAACCCCCACAUUCACGACUUCGGCAAGGGCGAGGAGCAUAUUCUCAAGAUGCAGGCACAAGGUCUGAGCACGAUCUAUCACUCAAAGCUCAUGCCACAGGGGCUGAAGAACAAACUCGCUGACUUUAUGUCGGAUGAGCUGAUGGCUGUUGUGGGCGAGGCUGGAGUGCCACAGAAGGCAUGCGUGUACCCUUCGAUGGAGCGAAUGGACUUCGAAGUUCUCGGCAAGACGAUUACUGAGCGAGCAGAGACUAUUCAGUUUGUUGGCGACGCUUGAGUUUGAAUGAUCAAGAGGGGGUCCAGAAGUGAUCUUGGAGGGAUCGAUCGUGGUGAAGGAUAGUCGAUUAUAAUGUCCAUGAGGGAAGGGCCUGAUAAUGUUCAUGGAGGAAAGGCCUGAUAAUAUUUAUGGAGGAAGGGUCUGAUAAUGUUCA